AUGAAUACCUGCAUCCCGGCCAUCCUUAACAACAGCAGCAGCAACCACACAGAGCACGGCAACAGCAUCAACAACAGCAACAACAGCAACAAUAGCAGCAACAUCAACAACAACAACAAGGCAGAGCAUCACGACGUCAGUGCAACAACGACAGCAACACCAGUUGAGACAGUUUAUACGCUCGGUGAGAGCAUCUGGUUCGUCAUUGGAGCUCUUACAAUGGCAGGAGGUGGCGACGCCCCUCGUAGUCUGUCCGGCCGUCUGCUCAUCGGCGGCUUCUGGUUCUUCACCGUCAUCAUGAUGUCCACUUUCACCGCCAACCUGGCCGCUUUUCUCACCGUCUCCAGGAUGGGAAUGGCUGUGACGUCACUGGAUGACCUAGCUGCUCAGACGGACAUUAAAUACUCCGUUCUGGAUGAGUCCAGUGUCAUGGAAUACUUUCAACGCAUGGCUAAGAUUGAGGAAGAUUUCUACGAGCGGUGGAAAGAAAUGAGUCUUGAUAAGAAUGAAGAUGAUACUUCGCAAGACAGCCUGGCUGUUUGGGAUUAUCCACUAGGAAACAAGUACGGCGCUAUGUGGUCUACGAUACAAGCGACGGGUCUACUCAGCAGCAAUGACGAAGCCAUUGCUAAGGUUCGAACGGAGAGCUUCGCGCUCAUUACCGAGUCCCCAGUCAUCAAAUACCACGUUGGAAAGAGCUGUGAGUUGAUGAGCGUUGGGGACCAGUUCAGCGUUAGGCCUUACGCAAUUGCUCUCAAGGAGCGGUCAACAUACACCUCAAAGUUCUCGGAUGCUAUCCUACAGCUACAGACUGAACGUCUCCUGGGCUCUCUACGCCUCAAGUGGUGGGAAGGAAACGAAGGGGGUUGUCCUAAAGAGGCAGGAAACUCUGGUCUGGACUUGUACAGUUUGGCGGGAACGUUCAUAGUGGCUGGCGUUGGCUUGGCAUCCGGUCUGCUAGUGUUGGGACUGGAACAUGUCGUCAGCCGGUUGAGGAACAAGGACAAGAGCUCUUGGAACCGUACAGACACAACGCAAACAAGGACUUAAAAACGACCAAAAAAUUAAAAAAAA